AUGGGCGACAGCAUCACUGCCGGAAACGGGGCAGCCUCUCUCAAUAUGAUGCAAGCUUAUGUGGAGAACAGGGGCUUGUCUUUCGCCAUCGGCGGAGAAUCGACGUGGCGGAAAUACUUGACUCUGCCGAAUAUUCUUAAAGAGUUUAAUCCUAAACUUGUGGGCUAUUCUUUGGGAGAUUCUCUGGGCUUCAUGAACGACUCCAAGUUCAAUGUGGCAGAGCCUAUAGCAAUGAACAGGGACUUGGUGUUCCAAUCGAAGUUACUGAUACGGAGAAUGAAGGCUGAUCAAAAUGUCGACUUCUACAAGGACUGGAAGAUAGUGACUGUGCUGAUGGGCCACAACGACUUCUGCUCAGACAUGUGUUACCGAGACUGGACGAUCUUACCAGAGAAGACCAGAACGGAGUUAGAGAUCGCCCUCAGCUACUUGCAGGAAAAUAUGCCGCGAGCAUUGAUCAACCUCGUACCGCCCCUGGAUGUGACGAACAUUAAGUCCAUUACCAAUGCUGCCCCAGAAUGUCAAAUGUUCUUCCGCGUCGCCUGCUCCUGCUUCUUCGGGCCCAGAGGAGAGUAUGGUCAAGAAGUAUUUAAGAAAAUCAUCAAGAUGAGCCAGCAGAUCUACUUUGAAAUCCAAGCCUCUUAG